CCUUCUGAGAGUGCGCCUUCAUUUGCGCGUCUCCCCCGCGCGCCGGCGGCCGUGGUAUCGCCCAAGGCGGAAGGGGCUCUUGGACAGAACCUGUUCGCUGGUGCAGAGAUGGCUGCGGGCGUCCCGUGUGCGCUAGUCACCAGCUGCUCAUCCACUUUUUCCGCAGACCGGCUAGUCCAGCAUAUCCUUGGAACAGAAGAUCUUAUUGUGGAAGUGACUGCCAACGAUGCCGUGAGGUUUUAUCCCUGGACCAUUGAUAAUAAAUACUAUUCAGCAGAUAUCAAUCUAUGUGUGGUGCCAAACAAAUUUCUCGUCACUGCAGAGAUUGCAGCGUCUGUUCAAGCAUUUGUGGUUUACUUUGACAGCACGCAAAAAUCUGGUCUUGAUAGUGUUUCCUCCUGGCUUCCACUGGCAGAAGCAUGGUUACCUGAGGUGAUGAUCUUGGUUUGCGAUAGAGUGUCUGAAAAUGGUGUAAACCGACAGAAGGCUCAAGAGUGGUGUAUCAAACAUGGCUUUGAAUUAGUAGAACUUAGUCCAGAAGAGUUGCCUGAGGAGGAUGAUGACUUCCCAGAAUCUACAGGAGUAAAGCGAAUUGUUCAAGCCUUGAAUGCCAAUGUCUGGUCCAAUGUAGUGAUGAAGAAUGAUAGGAACCAAGGCUUUAACCUUCUCAGCUCAUUGGCUGGAGCAAACCAUAGCACUGGAUCAGCAGAGACCUGCCACUCAGAGCAGCCCCAGUUGCCAGCAGCAGAGAGGACUGAACCCCUCUUGGAUCGAGGUGGUGCCUCUAAUACAACAGACACUCAGGUCGAUAGCAUCGUGGAUCCCACGUUAGACCUGGAUAUUCAAGAACUAGCCAGUCUUACUACAGGUGGAGGAGAUUUGGAGAAUUUUGAAAGACUAUUUUCAAAGUUAAAAGAAAUGAAAGACAAGGCUGCGACGCUUCCUCACGAGCAAAGAAAGUUGCAUGCAGAAAAGGUGGCCAAAGCUUUCUGGAUGGCAAUUGGGGGAGACAGAGAUGAAAUUGAAGGCCUUUCGUCUGAUGAAGAACACUAAAUUAUUCAUGCUAGGGCUUGACUACCAAAGACCCUAGCUCCCUCUACCUGAGCUACUUCCCUACUCAACCCAGUCAUCUUUUGCUGAGCUCCCCAUCAUCAUGUUGGCCACCUGACUUGUUUAUAGGCUCCCGUGAAUUUUAGUUUUUAGUAGGGGGUAAAGCAGACAUCUCUCCUCCCUCAGAAUAUCGUGGGGGAGUGAGAAUGACAAUAAGGAGUGAGGAAUUCUCAAAUACACUUUUUUGCUCUAGGAACAGGGGUGGGAUGAGGCUCCAAGGCCUGUGUGAUGGGACCAAGUUAAAGGCGAAGAACCACCAGGCCAUUCCUGGUCAGUCUUCUAAGCAGCGUUCCCCACGUUCACACGUGAUCACUGCAGAUCGGGAGCCUGUGCCACCUUUCCUGGGUUCUGGAUUCUUUCUGUCAAGGAACUUGCUGCUCUGAGGUUUGAUGCUUUUGAUGGGAGGAAAGAUUUAAUCUGUGCUGUAGUAUAGACUAUGUGCCAAAGCCACUGGCCCUCAGGUUAGUCUCUAGCUGGAAAAAAAAAAAAAAAAUGCAUCUGGGCAUUUCAUUUGAAGUACAGUAUCUGAGCUCAUGCUAGAAAGUAUUGAGAAACCAUUGUGAAUUUUUAGACUGUAGUAAAUGAUGCAAGGGUUUCCCACUCUGGUAAGGAUGAAAUAAACCCUCCUCUACCAAGUGGUGGGUCUGUCGGUAUGCGUGUGUAAGAGAGAGAGAAGCUUAAGGAAUUCCCUCUGUAGGCCACUGAGACGGUAUGAUCAUAUCCUGAGAUUUUUGCAUUAGUGUUACCGUGGAGAAAGCUUUCUUAGAGUUCGCUACUUGAGAUGGCAGAGCUGUGUUGUCACAACUCAUACCCUCAAAACAAGGCAAGUUUCCUUUUCUCUUUCUGAAAGCCAGAGAUCACUGCCAAAAUAGUAACACUAAGGAGUGGGCUUGGUGGGAAAGGAUAUGAAAUGUUAGGCAGUGAAUCCCUGAGUACCUUGUGUUACUUCCAGGGCUGGGUGGGUCACCUCUAGGGGAACUGAUCACCAAGGGGAACGUUUCCAGAGGAAGAGUGGGAAAUAGAGCAAAUGUAAUCCUUAUUUCUGUUUUCGUAGGCACUUUGUAAUGCAUGUCAUGAGCCUGUACUGUGGUAGUCACUGCCAUGGCUCUAAACUGGCUCAGGGCACAUGGCCUGAGAACUGCCGCUGGCCUAGUGUGGGUAGGAACCUCUUAGGUCACCAGCAGAAGCAAGUUUCAGACACCUUUGUGCAACACCUUCUAAGCACUGCAGAACCUGACAGAUGGCAGAAUGACUGGAAUGCUCCAGGUUCCGGGCCAGGGUGACUGCAGGAGGGAAGGUUUCAGUGAUUGGAGCCAUUCCAGGGAACAUUGGAGGCUAUCUUGCUUGAUACUUUUUUCUUUUUCUUUCUUUUCUUUUUUCUUUUCACUAUCUGAAGGUCUUUGAGACUGUAGUUUACCAUCAUUCCAUCAGUGUUUCUUUGAGGUAACUGCAUCAGCCAUUGACUGGGAAUAUAAGGGAAGCUGGCCCUGGGGUUGCAAGAUGAAAGGUGGAACAUAUUUUUCUUAAAACAUGAAAGGUUUCAGAAAAUACAUUAGGUCACGUGGUUAGGGAAAACAAACUAGAAAAAGCUGUGAACUUGAUUUUGUGGAUUAAACAAAGCCAGGUGAUUAAAAUGUGAUUUAUUUAUAAAGUCUGCUUAUGUGUA